GUCAAACACAAAUUACACACAACCCCUUGUGGCUGAUUCCUCUCUUCUCUUAUUUUCCUCCAAACCAAACAGAAGUACUUCCUACCUUCCCUCAUUUACCUUAACGUUACGUAGCAUUCACUGAUCCCAUUUUCUCCUUCAUUUGAAUUCUGCAUCACCCAUCAGUAGCUAAUAAUACCCAUUUUCUCAAAAACGCCAAAGCCAACACCUUUCUUUGUCCUUUUGCACUAAAAUCAUGCUAGACUCACACCAACCCACAUGGAACCCAUUUGGUUAGUGAACUAGAGUAGGCCCUAUUGCAUCCUAACCUCACCUCUCUCUCUCUCUCUCUCUGGUUUUUGUUCUGAUUUCUGGGUUUUUCUUAUUUUUGGGAAUCCCUGGUUUUUUAUUUUGGAAAUGGCGGGGGAGGAGGCGAUUGAGAUGGUGGCAUUGGAGUGUCUGGGUAAAGGGUUCGAUUUGGCCAGCGAUUUUCGUUUGAGGUUUGCAAAGGGCAUUGGUGGAGGUAAGAGUAGUAAGAGGUUGUUGGUGCUUGAUGAAGAAAACAAGAGAGAUAUUUUGAUUCCUGGUUCAGCAGGAACUAUCAUUACAGGGGUUUCUGAGAAUAUACGCUGUGAUAAAGGGGAUCGAAUACGCUUUAAAUCCGAUGUGCUUGAAUUCAACCAGAUGUCUGAGUUGCUUAAUCAGAAAUCAGCAGUACAAGGGAAAAUUCCUUCUGGCUAUUUUAAUGCUCUUUUUGAUUUAAGUGGUGAUUGGUUUCGUGAUGCUGCUGACACCAAAUAUCUUGCUUUUGAUGGGUAUUUCAUUUCACUCUACUAUUUGCACCUAACAGCUUCUCCACUAGUACUGGAAGAGGAAGUAAAGAAGUCUGUUCCAGCUCAGUGGGAUCCGGCUUCAUUGUCUAGGUUCAUCCAGACAUAUGGUACACACAUAAUAGUAGGUAUGGCUGUUGGAGGUCAAGAUGUAAUCUGUGUCAAACAAAAACAUUCUUCAAAGAUUCCUCCUGGUGAUCUUAGAAAACAUUUAGAGGACCUUGGAGAUUUUUUGUUUUCAGAUGUAAGAAGCCCUUCUUUAUUACAGAGGAAGACAGCAGAUGGAAAACAGAAGGUCCCUGAUGUCUUUAAUCGUGUGAUGCAAUCAAACACAAUGCAGUUCACCAGUAUUUCAGAAACAUCAAGCAAGGAUGGCCUCACUAUUAUUUGCUCAAAAAGAGGAGGAGAUAUGUUCAAGCCAAGUCACUCAAAUUGGCUCCAGACAGUGCCUUCUAAUCCUGAAGCGAUCCUCUUCAAGUUUGUUCCUAUUUCCUCACUUCUGACAGGAAUUCCUGGAAGUGGCUAUCUUAGUCAUGCAAUGAAUUUGUAUUUACGUUAUAAGCCUUCUCCUGAAGAUUUACAAUACUUCUUGGAGUUUCAAAUUCCAAGGCAAUGGGCGCCCAUGUUUUGCGAACUGCCUCUCAGGCAUCAGAGGAGAAAGACUUCUUCCCCUUCCCUACAAUUUAGUUUCAUGGGUCCGAAGCUCCAUAUCAGCUCUACACAGGUGGUAAGUGAACAAAAGCCUGUGGUUGGCCUCCGCUUGUACUUGGAAGGCAGGAAAUGUGAUAGACUUGCUUUACAUGUUCAACAUCUUUCAAGCCUCCCAAGUACAAUGAUCCUCUCUUCAGGCACCUCAACCCAGAGCAUACCAUCUAUGUGGCGAGGAUCUGAUGACAAUGAAACCAGUGACCAAUUUUUGGAACCAAUCAGAUGGAAGAGAUUCUCAAAUGUGUGCACGUCAGUGGUUAAGCAUGAUCCUAACUGGUUGAAUAAUUCAAGAGGUGUUUAUAUUGUAACCGGUGCUCAACUCCUUAGCAAAGGGAGUUGGCCAAGGAAUGUGCUUCAUCUGCGACUUCUCUAUACUCAUAUACCUUAUUGCAGUAUCAGGAAGUCAGAGUGGGCUGGUGCACCAGAGGCUUCAAGAAAAUCAUCCUUCCUCACAAAUUUGAGCACAACAUUUUCAUUCACACAGCACAGUAACACUGGUCCUAAGAAGCAGGCUCCAGCGGCACUUAACUCUGGCGUUUAUCCAGAGGGUCCACCUGUGCCAGUUCGCUCUGGUAAACUACUUAAAUAUGUGGACACAGCUGAGGUUGUGCGAGGCCCCCAUGAUGCUCCUGGCCAUUGGUUGGUAACAGCUGCUAAGCUUGUCACUGAGGGUGCUAAGAUUGGAUUACAUGUCAAGUUUGCUUUGUUAGAUUACUAGUGAUUUCAGGCUACUCCUCUACUCUACCUAUCCAGAGUAAUAUCAUUGGUUUUCAUGUUUUGUUGCUUAAUUUUGUUUUUCUUUGAAACUACAGAUCACAUGUAUAUAUUCUUUCUAAAGACUUUGUACAGUAUACAAAAUGAGUGGCUGUUGACAUCAGGCAAUAGAAAAUUAGA